AUGGCUUCCAAUCUCUAUCCCCACAGAGGCUUCAUGCUGGAUACAGGCCGCAAGUUCUUCCCAGUCAAAGCCAUUCUCCAUCUGUUAACUUUACUUCACCAAUACAACUUCAAUGUCUUUCAUUGGCAUAUAUACGACGCAGAAAGCUUCCCUCUGCUUUGGCCAGCAGAUGGGGGCUUAACGAAUGCAAGUAUCAAGUACAGUCAAACUCACACAUACUAUACACCCAGCGAUAUUCAGCACGUGGUAUCUUAUGCCGAGAACCUGGGUAUUCUUGUGUAUCCCGAGACAGACAUGCCGGGCCAUAGUGAUAUCUGGGGAAUUUGGAAAAAGGAUUUAGUAGUAGGUAAGCCAAGCUUGAAACAGCCCGACGCCCAACUCGAUAUCAGACAGAAUCGGCAGCAAGUAUAUGAUUAUAUACGCAGCUUGGUAUCCACAGUCGAUGGGUAUUUUGGAUCAUCUUACCAUCACUUUGGUGGCGAUGAAGUAGCAUACAUCUGGAAGACCAAGGAUGACAACAAACUAUUCCAGACGUUCCUCAACUGGCUCAAGACUCUCAGCCCAAACAAAUCGGUCAUCUUGUGGGAUGAUCCUCUCACCGACACGGAAAAGAGUAUCACCUUAUCAAAGGACUGGAUCAUACAAACCUGGCACAAGGGCGCCACCCAAAAGAUACUCAAAAAAGGUCACCGGGUUAUUGUUUCCGAGGCCGACACGUUCUACCUCGGAAACGCAGACUCCGAUAAGAUAUCUUCAUUUGUAUUCCCAAAGAGUUCCAAGGUCCUGGGGUUCGAAGUUGUAUGGUUUACUUCGGCGGGGGAUGAUCCGAAUGAUUUGGAUCAAAGUUGGAUUAUAGAGCCUUUGAAAGCUGCAUCUCGGAUUCGGAGAAAGUAA